CUUAUGAAAACGUGUCCUACGAUUAGAACAGAGACAGACGUGUGAUUGUGACAAGGAGUUCCGACCAAGAAAAGGCUGUGAAGACGUCUGUUGGGAACCACUUGGGUUGUUCGUAUCAACCGGCAAACGUUCUGGUGAAAGUCGUCAGCAAAAAAUGUUGACUAAAUAUUUUUUACUCUGUCUUUUGGCCCUCGGGGUUUACGCCGGUGAGGACGAUGUUCUCGAGCUCGGGGACAGCGAUUUUACGAGUGAACUGGACCGACAUGAUACCACACUUGUCAUGUUCUACGCACCCUGGUGUGGUCACUGCAAGAGACUCAAGCCAGAGUACGCAAAGGCUGCGGAACUCCUCAGGGGAAAUGAUCCUCCAAUCACUCUGGCCAAGGUUGACUGUACUGAGGCAGGUAAGGAGACCUGCUCCAAGUACGGAGUCAGUGGGUACCCGACCUUGAAGAUCUUCUCCAAGUCGAAGAUGGUCCGUGAGUACGAUGGACCCAGAGAGGCCGCAGGCAUCGCCAAGUACAUGCAGGCCCACGGCGGCCCAGCAUCGAAGGAGCUCAAAACUAAAGAGUGUCGAAAAGCCUUCCUGGCCACCGACGAGGUGAGCGUUAUCGGUUACUUCAAGGACCUCAAAUCUCCCCUCGCCGUGGCCCUCCAGGAAGUCGCGGAGAAGCGCCGUGACAAGGCUCGCUUCGCCCACACCUCCGCAGAAUCCCUCCUGGAAGAGGGUCUGACAAACCACAUCGUCCUCCACCGUCCAUCGGUCCUCGAGAAUAAAUUCGAACCCAGCACCGUGACGUACGAGGGUGAAGACUCCGUCAAUGACAUCACUGACUUCAUCGAGAAGAACUCCCAUGGUCUAGUCGGUGUACGUACCAGGGAAAACGUUAAGGACUUCAACAAUCCCCUUGUCGUCGCCUACUAUGCAGUGGACUACGUCAAGAACCCGAAGGGCACCAACUACUGGAGAAACAGAGUAAUCAAAGUUGGAAAGAACUUCCCAGAGAUCACGUUUGCCAUUUCAAACAAGGACGACUUCCAGCACGAAUUGAACGACUUUGGAAUUGAUUUUGUUAAGGGAGACAAGCCAGUUGUUCUCGCUCGUAACUCCAAGGACCAGAAAUUCGUCCUCCAGGGUGAAUUCUCAGUUGAGACGUUCGAGCAAUUCGUCAAGGACUUCGUAGCUGGAAAAUUGGAGGCAUUCCUCAAGUCUGAGCCCAUCCCGGAGGACAACUCUGGUAACGUCAAAGUUGCAGUUGCCAAAAACUUUGAGGAGCUCAUCUCGAAUUCUGAGUCCGAUGUUCUCAUUGAGUUCUAUGCUCCGUGGUGUGGACACUGCAAGAAAUUGGCACCAGUCUUCGAUGAACUUGGUGACAAACUCGCUAAUGAGGACGUGGUAAUUGCCAAGAUGGACGCAACAGCUAAUGAUGUGCCACCAGCUUUCGAAGUUCGAGGCUUCCCGACACUGUUUUGGAUCCCCAAGAACUCGAAAGACUCACCGGUCAAGUACGAGGGUGGCAGGGAGCUCGAGGACUUCAUCAAGUACAUCGCUAAGCAUGCGACUGAACCUCUCAAGGGAUACGAUCGCAAGGGCAAACCUGUCAAGGCCCCAAGCGACGAGUUGUAAAAAUCAUCAUCUUUUCUGAGACUUUUCAUAUUUUUUUAUUUUUCUGUUGAGUUCCGGGAGUUCAAUUCUCAAUUGAAUAAAUGCCAAGUUUAAUUGCCUUCUGGGUGAAUUUUCACUCCAAUUAAAUCGCCAACUUCCAUUUUCAUUGUCAGAGGCUUUAUAGUUGAUAUUGUGUUAUCGAAGCCAUCAAACAGCACAAGAUGAUUGAGAUUUGUAAUUAUGGUUGUGCGAGGGAAGAUUCGAGUACUCAGUUAGGGAGAAUUAUGUUCCAUUCCGGUAUUUACUUGUCGAUUUAAUUAAGGAUAGAUUUAAGGAGGUAUGAGAAUUUUGUUUGUACGAAGAUGAAUAAAUGGAGCGGAAAUGAUUUUUUAAAUUGGAAAAUUAUUUUCCCAAUAAAUAUGAAACUUAACAAAU